AUGUCUUCCUUAAAGCAUCUCCUGUCGUCCAAAGUGCGGUCGCAGUCCGGGUGCUACACCUGCCGCCUGCGUCGCAAGAAGUGCGAUGAGCGCAAGCCCACAUGCUCCGGCUGCGAUGCCCUGGAAAUCACCUGUCACUUUGGCGAGAAGCCCGACUGGAUGGACGGCGGCCCCAAGCAGAAGGAGAUGACCGAGUUUGUCAAGUCGCAGGUCAAGAAGCAGGCCAGCCAGCGGCGCGAUCGCAAGUAUCUCGAGAUGCUGGAGACGGGCACCCGGCAGGUCAGCAUCAGCGACGCUGCUGAAGAUGGAGCGCCGGCAGCGGCUGGGAAAACAACCAGCGCAGGAGGCGAUUCAGAGCGCGGAUACGCCAGCACCUCGGCGCCGUCGUCCAAGGAGUCUCCCAACAGCCAUGGAUCCAGCGGCAGCACGGCCGCCACGUCUCCGCCCGAAGCCCCCUGGCACACGCAGGCCUUCUUCGCCGAGUCGAAUGAGCAGAGUCUGACCCAGACUGACCGCUCGGCGGAUAUUCACUACGCCUGCAUGUAUCUGGACUAUGUGUUUCCGCAUCUUUUCCCGCAUUACCGGCCUCAUAUCCUCGUGGGUGGUCGUGGAUGGAUUCUGGAUGUCCUGCAGUCGACCAACAAAUCGCUAUACCACAUCACCGUGUCAAUCGCUUCAUACUACUUUGCAUUGAUAUUGAACAAUGGCGAGCCAGAGCACGGCGAGUGCCUGUUCCAGAUGAACAAGAACCUGCAGAACCAAAUGGAACUGGGCCUGCGAGAGCUGCAAAAGGAGGUCAGCGCGCUUCACAGCCGCAAGCUGGACCCGAAAGAAGGCCUGGUCGUCAUGGAGAGCAUCAUCCAGCUGCUCAUCUUCGAGGUCGCCACGGGCAAUCGCGAAAACUGGAAGCUGCAUCUCGACGCGGCUAUUGCUCUCUUCCGACAGGUCCUCCCAAGUCCAGACGGCUGGGAAGGGUUGCUCGACAGCCUCAUAAACCAAUCCUGGCCGCCGGCAGAGAUGGGUAUGACGCGGCCGUGGAGCACCAGCCAGGCGGCAUGUCGCUUCUUCACGGCCAACCUGCUCUACAUUGACGUGCUGUCGAGCGUGUCGCUUGGAUGCCCGCCUCGGCUGUACAGCUACCAAAACUCCAUCAUACCCUCGUGUAACACUUCGGAAUGGAGCCCUUGCACCAUGGGAGGGGGAAGUCUUCGCAUGGAAGAAUUCCGCGGACUGCACAACUGGGUCGUCCAAGUCGUUGGCGACAUUGCGUCACUGCACUCGUGGAAAAAGCAACAAAGCCAGGCCGGCUCCUUGUCCGUCAACGAGCUGCUGCAACGAGGCCAGGUUCUGGGCGAAGCAAUCAAGGGCGGCAUCUUGGCCAUCCAAACAACAUGCCCCACGGCCGACUCACAGGCCACCGUUAUUUCUGUACCGGUUCUCGGCGAGCAGCCUUCGUAUGCCAUUCACAAUGUCAUCUGGUUGCAUGCGGCCUUGAUCUACUUGAACACGGUGACGUCGGGCUGGCAGCCCGCGUGCCCGGAAAUCAGCUCCGUCGUGUCUACCACUACAGAACUGCUGUACAAUCUCCCGAUGGGUACCUGUCUAGGGGCUGUGGCCUGGCCUUUGUGCGUUGCGGGCUGUCUGGCACCUCCAGAAGAUGAAUUCAAGUAUAAGAGCCUGGUGGCCCGACUCGGAGGGCUGCAGCUGUUUGGAACGCUCAGGGAAGCCAUGAACAUCAUGGAGCAGGUCUGGGCGAUGCGACCCCUGGACGAGAGCUGGGAUGUUGCCCAGUGCAUGAACAUUCUCGGCCACGGAGUUGUGUUGCUAUAA